AUGGUCGCCUCCCAGAUGUUCAUCGGCACUGCUGCCACCCUCAUCGCCUCCUCGACUGCCUUCGUCGCACCCAUGGCUGCGCGAUCUGUUGCCACUACUCCUUCUUCCUCGAGCCUCAAGAUGAGCGCUGGUUCGGACUACGUCGCGACCCUGCCCGGAGCUCCCUUCUCUGACGGAAAGGUCUUCGACCCCCUGGGCCUAUCCGACGGCGCUGCCCCCGGGGACAUCAAGAAGUGGCGCGAGGCCGAGAUCAAGCACGGGCGUGUGGCCAUGCUUGCGUCCCUUGGUGUCAUCGUCGCAGAGCAAUACCACCCGUUCUUCAUGGGCCCCGACUACAUUGGCCCCGCCGUGGACCACUUCCAGGAGAUCAGCGCGCAAUUCCCUGAGUUCUGGGCGUUCUCCCUCCUGGGCAUGGCCUUCAUCGAGUACAACACCAUCAUGACCGCCUUCGACACCCCCAGCGCUGUCACCGGCGAGGGCGGCCUGAAGGAGGACUACAUCCCGGGAGACCUCGGCUUCGACCCCCUCAACCUCAAGCCCGACGACGAGGCGGCUCUGGACGCGAUGAAGACCAAGGAGCUCAACAACGGCCGUUUGGCCAUGAUCGGCAUCGCCGGCAUGUUGGCACAGGAGCUGGUGAACCCGGCCGACAUCCUCGGCUAGAUUGUUUUACUUUGUCGGUUGGGAUUAUCUGCGUGUAUGAAUCAAGUGUGUUCUUGUUCUUUUGUCAAGUGUUUAUGCAUCGGUCUGGUCCGAGAGCAUGGAAGGUAGUUGGGAGGUGCACACCGCAUCGUACGGUCUUGUCCCGCGAUGGUAGAUGCUGGUGUGAAGCGCGUUUCGUUAAUGCUUGAGGUUCCGGCUGUAACUUACUUCUGCACCGUAGUAGUUGUGCUGAGUGCCGACAAUUCGACUUGUGUUUUAAUCUUUCGGCUUUUCCUUUUACCACCGACGGUGAUGUCGGCGUAUACAGAGGAAUCUGUGUCGCUCUUGGCAUGGGUAUGUAGGAGCGAAAAUUUUUGCUUGACGUUGUUUAGCCGGGGCCAGUUCCUCUCAGGCUCACUCACAAUUUUGACUGUCAUUUUACGGAAGGCUAUCUUCGCGAGUUGGAUGUUUGUAUUGUAAUAUGUCUUCACGAUCCUAGUGUGGGAAACGGACUGCUUCAAUGACGACAGCUUCCGCAAGUCGACUGAUCUUGCAAGUCCAUGUAUGUAGCAAUGCUUCGGUACAGGUGUGCCCCCUCGUUGUUUGAUCUUUGGUAUAUGGGGCUCGUGAAGUGUUUGUCGUGCAUGAUUUGUAGCAAGUGGGGCCGAUGUCACUGGUUUGUCGCACCUGACACUGAUGCCAAACUUCGUAGGUUACGUGCAGAGGCGUUAAGGGUGUGUCAGGUCGUUUUGUUAUUCGACGCUCUUGGCCGUCGUUAACGUGUGUUUUUUGUUUGAAUAUCAGAGCCAACGUCUCGACCUUGUCAUGCACCGUGAAUCACGUUGUUUGGGAGUUGUUCCGUCCAGAUGAUGACCUCUCUCUGUGUGUUGCCCUCGUCGAGGGUAGUGAGUGUUGUUGU